CUGGCUGCGCGCGCAGGUUACAUAACGGCGGCGGAGGCCGUGGGGGCGCGGGGCGAUCGAUGCGCGCCCGGGGGGAGUCAGUCGAGCGGCGAGCGAGCGACAUGGCGGCGCGCCCACCCCGCGCGGCGGCCCCGCGGCCCGGGCCGCGCGAGUAGGUCGCCAUGCGCGAUGCGGUAUGAGGCAGCGCCGCGCCCGGCGGGCCGGCCCCCGCUAGCGGCGCCGCCCCCGCCAUGCGAGCGCCGCCGCUGCUGCUGCUGCUGCUGAUGGCGGCCGCGGGCCUGGCCGUGAGUCCGCUCGCGCGCCUCAACCCCUGGCUGAGCGCGUGCGACCUGGAGGAGGAGGGCGCGGGCCCCGAGUGCGGCGAGGGCGAGCGGCACGCGUGCGGCGGCGGCGGCGCCGAGACGCUGGCGGGGCGCGCCGUGCGGCCUCUGUGCGCGCUGGCGGCCGGAGCGCGCGCGCGGCGCCUGGCCGAGCUGCGGCUGCGCGCGUGCUGCGAGCGCUCGCCCGCCUCCGCGCUGGACCGCGGCGCGCGCGCCGACGUGCUGGCGGGCGGCGAGCGCUGCGAGCGCACGCUGCACGACCUGCUCGCCCUGGACGCGAUGGUGGCGCGCGUGCACUGCGACUUCGCGCACAUCCUCCAGCGCUACGACUGCGACCAGUCCUACUCCGUGCACACGUGCCACGAGUGCCAGGAGACGUAUCGGCGUUGGGCGUGCAGUACAAUGGUGCCACUGUGGGUGGAGGAGGGCGCAGAGGACGGCGACGAGAGCGGGCGGUCACGGCGCGCGCCCGCUGAACACACGGCGAGGUGGCACGCGCGGCACCUCGAGCGCGUAGGUCACCUAGACCGGCGGCGCGGCGGCGGCGUGGUCGGGCGCUGGGUGCGCGCGGCGGCCGCGGGCCCCGGCCGGCCGCUGGUGCGCCUCAAGCCGUGCCUGUCCGUCUGCCAGCUCGUCGAGCAGCACUGCCCCUACUUCCUGCCGGCGGACCGCGCGCCCGCAUACCCCACACAGUACGCCGGCGAGCCCACCUUCCUAUGCCUUGACCCGCGUAUACCGGAGACGGGUGCACAGGCCAACAAAUCCAACUACGGAGCCGACGAGUGCUGCUACUGGUACUGCGAGGGGCGGCUGUGUUACCGCUGCGAGGCGCGGCUGAGCGAGCCGCCCAAGCCAGAGGCGGAGUGGUGCGCGCCCGUGGAGGAGCGCGUGGCCACUUGCUCGGUGCCGUACCAGGCGCCCGCCUCCGCCGGCGUCUCUCUGCCGCGCCUCGGCCUGCUGUUGGCCUCGCUCGCAGUGGCUUUCGCGUCUUUUCGGACUCACUGGACACCUACACCACUAGUGAAUGUGCGCGAUACGAGGUUAUAGUUUUACGUUAACGUGCGUCGCACUCCAACGUCCCGCGAUCGCCGGACUACGAUCGAAACUUCUAUUAGUGCUGUACUUAUGAUAAUAAAUUGCUAGCGAUGACGACGACAACGCCCGCGCCCACGGGCCGGUGCGCCGAGUCGUGGGCGCGGGGCGUCUGUAUACUGUAAGUUUAUAUCUGCGCCCGUUUUACACAUCUAUAUCGAAGAAACACCAAUUACUUAUGAGUUUUGUCUUGAAGCAUUUAGCCGACAUUCCGGCCAGUAUAGUAAUAUUUUUCGCCACGAAUUGAAACGAAUACAUUAUUAUAUUUGCGUUAAGUGAGAGGUUGUACAUUUUAAAGUAUAUGCGGCGCGAGAGCCCACAGUGCAGUUCAUUUAUUUUUGCUAAAAUAUACUCUAUAGCUGUGGAAGUCGAUAAGGUUUUAUUUUAAAUGCGAAGCUUAAAACCCGUGUCUUAAAAAUUUAAUGAAAUUCAAUACAAAAUCCGAUAUUCCUAUGUGUGAAUAGAAGUAGAUCUGACCUUGUCCGUGCAUAUAUGGCAUAUAAAUAAAUACUUAUAAGGUAGCGAAGAUAAUAAGUAACUACGAGUACUCCACAUAAAUGGUCCAUUAUAAAUGUUAAAAAUUUAAUUGUACAAAUUAAUAUUAUAAUCAUCUACCUUAUGAGUAUCUAUAGAGCCAUGGCUCUAACGCCAACCUAUCUUUCGUAAAUUGUCACGAAUUACCACAAUAAUUAUACAUGUAAUUAAUUAUACCAUAGUGACAAUAGUGCAAAUUCGUUUUGUAGUGUAUUAAUUUUAGUGGAACAUUGGUAUGGGGCGGAUGGCUUCAAGGCUUUGUUGUUGGUAUUCGUCACCCAUAGCGUUUGUUGAUUCAUGUAUACGAAUACUUAUUGCAGGCCCUUAAUAUGUGUAUUACCUGAAUUCUAAUAUAGAGCCGUGGAUAUAAUAAAUAGAAUCGGAAUACAGCGGAAUUUUCGCAAGCGUGAUUCGUUUUUACAUGAAUGUUUGCCAUGUCUUGCUAACAUGACCAUCAUAUUUCGGGGUAAAAAAGGGGGUGGGUGAAAAGUCUGUAUUGUGGGUGAGUGCAACAAUAGUCCAACAGUCGGGGAUGGAACCCUUUGGAUUUAAGUCCAGUCUUUUAACAAUGAAGCUAUGGAAACUAUAGAUUAAAUAUUUAAAUAGACCAGUGUUUUUCUAUCUAUGGAUCGCAAAGCCUAGGGGGGAUGCGAAGCCUUAGUUAGAUAAUCGCAGGCAGAAGGAAAAAGGUUAUUACAAUAAAAAUAUUAAAGAAAAAUAAGAAACAAUUUUAUGGAGAACAGUCCACACAUAUAUAUGAAAUGGCGUAUGGUACUAAUAGUUUUAGCGCUUCCCUUAUUAAGUUAAGGUAUCAAAAUGAAAAAAAAAAGUAUUAUCUUAAUCGUCUUUAAAUUAUAGAUCUGUCUGAUAAGGGGUUGCCAAAAUUUUUGAGUUCACAAGAUUAAUAAGUUUGAAAACUGGUCUAUUGAUAUUGUCUACUGGACUAUUAAUUUCGUUAUAUCAAAAUAUCAAGUAUAUAUAAGUUCUAGCAGUAUUGUAACGUAUGAAGUAGGUGCAUCUUCCUAGAACGCGAUGAAGAUACAUAAUUGCUGAGCGAAUCUCGAAUAAACCUGAUCGAUAUUAUACCGAUUUGCAUUAACCCAUUGGCCGCAACGUAAUUGGUUAACCAAUAAACAUGAAUGCUAAUAUGUAUCAAUUGGAUAACCAUUGUGGCUUUGACUCACGAGGUCCCCUGGUCCACUGGUUCGAGUCCAAUGAAAUCGUUGGUACAAUGAAGCGUUGGUACAAAAAAUUUAUUUUUCUUCAAGAAACAUACUUUUAAUAAGCCAAUUAUUCAAAUAGAUCCUUAUUAAUACAUCAUAUUAUCAUCUCCAUAUACUUGUGUACGGGGGUGUACGUGGGUUCCCUGGGCCGACGCUGUAUGGGCCAUAUAUAGUUGGGAAGAUGGUUAUGAUAUGCCUGAAUGUUAACCCGUCGGUCUCGUUCAUUUAUCAUUAACAUCUGACAUUGAUAGAAUAAAAACAUUAUCACUUCAAGCUCGUCAACUCGCAUUUUAGAAAAUAGUUUUAGAACAAAAUCGCCUUUCAUAUAUGAUGGGAUGCUUAAUAAACGAGUAUUGGUAAUACAGAAUUGUUACCUGUAAAGUAAAAUUUCCUCUCAGAUCAAUCGAAUGGUACUAAAAGUGAAUUCCGCUUGCUAUCAUUCCGCUAAAUUCGUUUCGAAUUAAAUAUAUCGUAUGCAUUAAGGCCACGUAUGCGAAGUCAAGGCGAUUUAUAUUUCAGAUGACCAAUGCUCUCUGACUUAUUUUCCUAUUUUGCACAUUCCUUGAAGGCGAUAUAAAUUUACGUUGUUAUUACAUAGGAACUAGUGAUUGUUUAUUUAGUCCAAUUGUCUGGGUGCAAAGUUGUGCUAUGUUGUGUAUGUGACCAACCAACAACUUGUGGCGACUGCCAGCCGCCUUGGACGCCUAAUUUUGGUCUAUUGUGUAAAUCAUAUUGUAAUUAGGAUUAAUUAAUUAAAGUAGUUGUUGUUUUGUAAGAAGGUAUGGAAUUAGCAUAUUAUGAUGACAAUUAUAUUUAAUAAUAUAUCCGUCUUAUGAAUUAAUUGAUAUACCAAUUACAGAUGAAAACGUGGUUAAAGAUGUUUUUAUAUGAAUUGACUAAUUAAUAUAUAUUAUAUAUAUUUAAAUAUAUAUAUAAAAGGUGUUGUAUAUUAUGACGUCAGAACUACCUUAAUUACGGGUGUAGUCAUUGUCAUAAUUGAAUAGGUAACAAUGUUUGUUAUUUUGUCUUAUUUUAAAAUAAAAAAGUAUGAAAUUAUAGUGGUAUCGUUGAAGAUUUUGUGAUCGGGAAAAUGAUAAAAAUGAAUGGUUAUUAAGACUUUAUUGAAUGGACAUUUGUUGAGAUAUUGUCCUCGAUCCGGGGAUGUAGUUGUUGUAUUCGAAAGAUAAUAAUAUUAAAUAAGUUAUUUUUUACGUUUUUAUUGUGUAAAUAUAUCAAAAACGGUUUGUUGUUUCCAUUCCCGUACUUAAAUGAAAGCCACCAAAGGUGCUAAAUGUCUAUUACCGCUUCUUACAUUUGUUUUGUUCUCUUCAACCUUAUAACGUGAUCUGUUUGUCGGUCUGCCUGAGGAAGAAUGUCACAGCGACCGGUCGGACUAAUCUGAAGCAAUCUCGCACCCACACGAGAUCACACUCAACUUCCAAAGAGCCCAUGGCAUAUCACUUUACACCUUAUACAGUAAGCAAUAAGCAUACCGAAAGCGAUUAUUUUCAUAGCAUAUUGAAUGAGUCCUCGAUCCUGCAUCCGCAUUAUAUCCGGUUUGAAUAGGUUUGUGACAUGACAGUGGGUCGUAUUGUUUCAAUCGAGUUUCUAAUUCGUGAGUGCCUAGACUUCACUAAAUCAAAGCUUACGUAGCCUCUUACUGCAAAAGAAGUUAACUGGCACUAAGUAUACCAUCCGACAUUUGACUACAAUAAUAUAUUUAUUACCGGUAGCCAAGUUUUGCAGUUCCAUGAGUUUUGCAAAAUUAUCAGGAAUUAAAAAAAACUUAUAAUUUGUAGUUAGAAUAAAGCUAUGAAACUUUUUAAAAGAUUCCUAGUAUCCUCCAUAUCGAUUUUGUUUUCAAAACAGCGACAUUAGUGUUUUUGUAUUGAUGCCCUUGAUACCCAUUUUAUAUCUAGCCUUUAUUUUGCGGACUUUUAUUUUGUGGUUAACAAAUCCUACGUCACUGUAGGAAAUAAAAUCUUUACAAUUUCAAUAAUAUACGAGUGUAUUGCUCAAAUUAAGCUUAGUCUACCGGUACAGCAAAAUAUGUUGAGUAUUUUUUUGCAAUUGACAGGUAAAAAUUGACAAAAUAUGUUGAGUAUUUAUUUCCAAUAGACAGGUAAUAUAAUAGGACAGGUGACAAAAUAUUAGGUCCUUAUAAAUUGAGUAUUUUUUUGCAAUAAAUAGGUAAUAUGUUGAGAAUUUUUUGCAUACAUAUUACCAAUUUUUGUCCAGUUAAUGAUAUAUCUGUGUGUGUUAAAUUUUGUUCAAAUCAAAUCAGCUGAUUUUGAGCGAUUGAGUAACAAACAUCCAAACACAAAUUUCUGCAAACUUUCAUAAUUAUAGUACGAGUAUAAUAAACGAAAUCGCAUUCAGGCUCUUAAUAUAAUAGGAUUGAGGUUUAAUAUAUUUUUCACGUGGGUAUUUACGGUCUUUCUUCGUAGUGCUGCUACGCGCUACGAGAUGUGAUGACGAAAGUGAGUAGUCGCUUUUUGAAAAAAAAAUGAAAAUGGCGGACACAAAGUUUCAGUGUCUUUAUCUAUCUUUUAAAAUAUAAAUGCUCCACGUUCUUGUUUUUAGCUUUCCGUACUAAGAACAGUUGUAAGGAGACUUACGUAUCUUCUGAAAAUAUGCAGUUAGUCAGGGUACAAAUAUGAAAUUGUUAUUUGAAUAGUGUUUUAUUUUACGGUAUCUAAUAAUAUAAAGAGAAAUAAUUAGGUGUAAUAAUAACAAUAAUAAUAGAAACACUAAACUAUAAAACUUUCUAAUUAUUCUCUAAAUAAUAGACGUACCUACUAUUUUAAUAUUACGUAUAAUUUAUUUCAGGAAAUAUAACUACAGGCUCGAAUGGAUGCUUAAAUUAUUAACUACAGUCUAUAACCAACAAGAAAUGUCAAUAAAGGAUUACCACUUCCAUUGUUCAGUUUUACUUUUUAAACGUCAGCAGUUUAUAUCAGAUAAGGUAAACUAUUUAAGGUUAAAACUUUCAGAAAUAGGCUACCAUUUAUAUUUUGAACCAGACUCUCAAACAGACACUUUCAGAUUAUUUUAUAAUUAUUAAUUUAUCUGUACAAUAUUUAUCAAUUCGUCAUUAGGUACUGACAUACUUUUCAAAAUUAUCAAACUAAUUUAUUAGAUAAAUACCCUAUUACUCCUAUAGGAAGGGGCAUUUUCACGAUAUCUACUUGUAUCUAUGUAUAAAUUAUCAAAAUUUAGAAUUAGAAAUGAAUUACUAGAGCAUAAUAAAUUAAUUGAGAAAAAUUUCGAGCACUCGUUAAAACUUACACAUUGACCGUGCAUCCUUCUUUUUGGAUAUUUCUACUCUCACUCUAAUUAAUCUUCACUUGGCUACUAUUCUAUACUAGAGUAGAUAAAAAAAAGACCAAAAGAUAGGAGAUCGGUUUGAAUGUUGUUGAUACAAUACACGCGUCUCGUAUUCAUCGGCCGUUUAAUGUACGUUCACAAAUCUUGUAAGCAAACGCAUUCAGGGCGUGAGAACAUUUUUACGAAAUAAACUAUUUUUAGAGAAACUCCUUUAUUUUAUAUAAAACACCUUGUUGUUGUUUUUAUGUAUUUAAUUUGUCGCAGUAUAAGAAACAAAUACAGAUUAUUUUAACUUAACGCGACAUUGUGUGCAUGGCAACGAAUUCAAAUAUACAUUCGUACAAUUUUUAAUUUAGUUUGUCUUAUUAAGUGCUUUCAAUAAAUAGGCAAAAGCAACAUUUAUUAUUACCUAAUUGUGAGAAAAAAUUGAUUUUUUUCUGAAAAUAUUUAAAAUAUACCAAAGAGACAAUACUUUAAAAAACCGUCACAACUUUCGAUGUAAUGAAAGCAUGUCUUCAAAUGAAAAAAUGUUCUUAUGCCCUUAAUGUAAAUUUUGUACUUAAACCGAAGUAUCUAUGCAUAACUAGAUACUAGACAUAGGUAACUAAAUUUUAAAUAAGCUAAUUUAAAGUUUAUUAUCGAGACCAGUUAUUCAAUUUCUUAUUGAUUUCGUAGGGACACAAAAGUAGCAAUAAUUCGUAGACAUAACUGAAUAAUCAAGUAGAGUCCACAUCCGCAGAUCGAUUGGAGAUGCAGUUGGGAGGUCAUAGAAAAGAAAAAAAUUAACCGGCUGGCGAAUGCUGUAAGAUUUUUGAAACUAAUGGGAUUCUUGCACAAUGACAUAACAAACGAAGAAUCCUAAUGUCAAAAAAGAUACAGCAUAAGUCUGCGGAACAAGUCAUGGGAUAUGUGCUCUUUUAAGUAGGUUUAGCAUAAAGGGUGUUUGGUGUUACGUUGAGCGUUUGAUGAUAGUGUGUACAUUAUGUUUUUGAAUAAUAUACGUAUGUUUUGAUGUACAUAAAUAAUGUGUAAAUGUUUAACGCACAAAUAAAUAACAAAACUAAAACAUUGUACGGAAAAUUAUUCUGUAUUUAGCUCUAAACUAUAACUGAAAGCUAUUGAUUAGGAAUACAAACUAGAUAUUUUCGUGUCUGCUGCCAAGCUAUGCUAAUCUUGUCUUGUACUUUUAACACAAUUCGAUGUUUAAUAGACGCUGUAUCAUUUUGUUUUGGCAGCACGAAGUUACGAAAUUCACCUCAGAAUGUAUAUUAUCAAAUUCAGCAACGGAAUUAAUUAGUUAUUGUAAGGCAUCUCAUGUUAGUUUUACGCAGCCACCGGCGCUGUCGACCGUGGCAAAGACGCACAAACGACGCAAACUGAAGCUCACGAAGCUCGUCGAUGGUGACGCUGAUGACAUGAUAAUUAUAAAUAUAGAAAACUCCAAUAGAUGCAGGGCCAGCUCCGUAAUCGUAAAUGUAAGGAAAACACCAAAUCGUAGCCUUUUACAUACCAUAUUCUUAUGAGUACAAAUAGACAUGACCGAUACACCGGUCAUUUCGAUUUCGUAAUAUUUUACACAGUUUUCAUUUUAUUCUAACGCGAUGUGAGAAUAUACAAGACAAAAUUGGACCGUUAUUUGUAUGUAAUAAUUUUAUGUGGACAGUAAAAUAUUUUAUUUUAAAGAA